AAACAAUGUGGAAGUUUACGCUCAUGAAGAUUGACAAAUCGAUAGACAAUCAGCUGAGUGGCCGCGCAACAGCUUUCGCGUACCUAUAUCGCAGGAUUUACCUGACCAGGAAGCUAACGCGCAAAAUGCUCACGGAUAUAAAUCAUUGGCGGAUUGAAUGCACUUGCUGACGUUAAAUCUUACGUAAUGACGCCACGUCAAAAUGCGAUAUCUCCGUGGUCGACCUUAUGCCGAGAUAAAGUCAGUCGAUCAGAGGCGCCUGGCCAAGUGAGAUUAUUAGGUACCUUAAGUAUUGAGUAGCGAAUGAUUGCUUAGAAAGCAGCAGCAAUGGCAGAUGAAACACGAAAUAUACUGGUGACGGGAGGUGCUGGUUAUAUUGGUUCACAUACGGUUUUGGAACUUCUUAACGCUGACUUUCAGGUGGUGGUUAUUGAUAACCUUAGCAAUGCCUUUCAAGGAAAAGGAAGUGAGAAGCCAGAAUGUAUCUUACGAGUGGAAAAAUUGACUAAUAAACAAGUGAUAUUUAUUAACUGUGACAUAACAAAUAAGCAGGCUAUAUCUGAUAUUUUUAAAAAGUACAAAUUCUUUUGUGUCAUACAUUUUGCUGCUUUGAAAGCUGUUGGUGAAUCAUGCACAAUACCACUAGAGUAUUACAAAGUAAAUGUUGGUGGUACAUUGAAUCUCUUAGAAGUCAUGAGAGAAAACAAUGUCAAACGAUUCAUAUAUUCAAGCAGCGCUACUGUAUAUGGUGUACCUGAAAAAUUACCUUUAACUGAAGAUAUGAAAACUGGUGACUGCACAAACCCUUAUGGAAAAACUAAAUUUAUGAUGGAAGAAAUUUUAAAAGAUCUCUGUAAUUCUGAUAAGACUUGGUCUGUCAUAUCACUAAGAUAUUUCAAUCCAGUGGGUGGUCAUCCCUCUGGUGAAAUUGGAGAAGAUCCAAAUGGAAUUCCUAAUAAUUUAAUGCCAUUUAUUGCUCAAGUAUCUGUAGGAAAAAGAGAAUUUCUUUCUGUAUAUGGCAAUGACUAUGAUACACCAGAUGGGACUGGCGUUAGAGACUAUAUUCAUAUAAUGGAUUUAGCAUCAGGUCACAUGAAAGCAUUGAUUUAUCAAAAAACGAAAAAUCCUACUGGUUUCCAGGCAAUCAAUUUAGGAAGUGGCAAUGGUUAUUCGGUGCUUGAAGUGAUAAAUGCCUUUGAAAAAGCAUCUGGCAAAAAGAUUCCAUAUAAAAUAGUAGAACGAAGGCCAGGAGAUAUAGCAUCAAGUUAUGCUGAUGCCAAAUUAGCCAAACAACUAUUAGACUGGGUUGCAGUUAAAAAUAUCGACGAUAUGUGUGCAGACACAUGGAGAUGGCAACAAAAAAAUCCAAACGGCUUUAGCAAUUGACAAUAACCAAAGAUUCAUGUCGAAUUUUUUUAUAUAAAUUUUAAAUUUAUUCAAUAAUAAUUAUUGAUUGCUUAGAUUAUUUUAAUAUUUGUUACAUGUGUUGAAGAAUAUUUAGUUGUUAAUACCAUUGGUGGUUUAUGGUUACCAAAGUUUAACCAAAUGUAAUAUACAGUUUUUAAAAUAUAACAUACAUUUUAUUGCAUUAGCAAGUACAGAUUCUUAUGUUCAUAUAUUGAGUGAUUUAUUUAUUUCCAUUAUACACAAAUAUUAUGAUGUAUUUAGUGUUCUACUGGCUAUGAUAAACUUAUAUUUGUACCUACAAUGAAAUGGAAAUAAAAAAAAAUUAUUUACAAAAA